UGUCGUGCGUUUAUCGGCGCUAUGCGCCCGCGUCUCGCCCGACGGAUGUUCGGUCGGGCGGCAUCCGGCGGAUGGAAUGCCGGGAACGGUGCAUCGGGGGGUGCAUCGUUACAAGUUUAGCCAGUCAGGUUGGUACAUAAUACUAUUGAACUUUAUAUUCUUCACCUGUGACUUACACAUACUCUGAAAGUUAAGGUAAUAACCUUCGUUAUUUUUUUCGAACGCAGUAGAAAACCGAAACGCCGUUUGGAUAAAGUGACGACAAUGUCGCAAAAUUAGUACAGACAAAAAAAAAUUUCGAAAAUUAAAUAAGCUGGAGAAAAAUGAAAAAGACAAUAGUGAGUAUAAUAUAAUAGUUAAUAAUAAAAAUAACAGCAGUAGAGAAGAAAAUGAUAUUGACACUGAUGUGCGAUUACGUGAGGUUAUGUUUGAUAGUGAAGAAACAGUUAAUACGAGUGAGAAUGAUUCUAUACAAAGCAGUAGUAUUAAUGAUAGUAGUACUAAUGUUUCUCAUAAAAAUGACUCUAAUAGUGCAGUAUUAUGCAAUGAAGAAAUUAAUAGCGUCUCUAAUAUAAAAAGUAAAAUUCAACAGUGGACGCUUGAUAAUUUGGACACAUUGCAGUUGAAUGUUGUAACAGAUUUGCUACGAAUAUUGCGAGAGGAAGGACACUCGUCUUUACCAAGAACUGCUCAAAGUCUUUUAGGAACGAAACACCAUAGAAUUUUACAGCAAAUAAAAAGCAAUAAAAAUACUCAAGGAGAAUAUAUUUAUAUCGGCAUAGAACAUGGUUUGAAUCACAUUAUUAAUACACAGAUAUUUAUAGAAAAAGAAAUUUGUAUAUUAGUUCACAUUGAUGGUGUGCAAAUUUACAAUAAUUCACAAAUACAAGUUUGGCCAAUUAUUAUGAAAAUAUUUCAUAAAGAAUACAAUUGUGAACCUUUCACAAUUGCUUUAUAUUGUGGUGAUUCAAAACCUGGAAGUGCUCAUGAUUAUCUAAAUGAUUUUGUAACGGAAGCGACUAAAUUAAUUAACCAAGGAGUAACAAUCAACACAAGAACAUAUUCUUUUAGAAUAAUUGCAAUUAUAGCUGAUUCCCCAGCAAGGUCAUUUAUAAAAUGCAUUAAACCACCUGGUGCAUUCUACGCUUGUGAACGAUGUUCAGUUAAAGGAAUCAGCGUUGGGAAAGAAUUGAAGAAAAAAAGAAUAUACCCUGAAACAAAUUGUUUAAAACGUACAAAAGAGUCUUUCGAAGGCCGAAAUCAACCACAGCACCAUAAAGAUAAUGUUAUGUCUCCAUUGUUACUGUUGCCAAAUUUUGAUAUCAUUAAUGAUGUUCUAGAUUCUAUGCAUCUGCUAUAUCUCGGAACGAUGAAAUAUUUGUUAGAAAAUUGGACUGUGAAAAAAAGUUCUGCAAGAUUGAAACGAAGAGAUAUCAAUAAUUUUCGCAGAAUCAUAUUAAAUGUUACAGCCGAUGUGCCUUAUGAAUUCCAAAGAAAAAAAUUUGAUGUUUAUCUCGUUUCAAGAUGUAAAGCCACGCAAUUUAGAUUUUUCCUAUUAUACUGUGGUACUGUCGUUUUGAAAAGUGUUUUACCCGAUCAUCAUUACAGACAUUUUUUACUGUUUUCUGCAGCAUGUCGUAUAUUGAAUAGCAGUGACUUAUCGAGGACCACUUGUGAUUACGCUAAAUAUUUGCUAACACAGUUUUUCAGAUUAUUACCAUCAUUGUAUGGAGAAAGCUCUCAAGUCCUCAGUAUGCAUAAUUUGAUUCAUGUAGCAAAUGAUGUGAUAAAUCAUAACAUUCCAUUAAGUGGCAUUUCAGCAUUUUGGGGUGAAAGCUACAUUGGUCUUUUUAAAAAAUUAGUCAAAUCUCCCAAUAAACCAUUAACUCAGAUAGUUAAUAGAUUAUCUGAAUUAAAUUCUGGAAAUCGUUUAAAAAUUAAAAAAAUGUACCCUUUCGAACUGUAUAAUAGAUGAUGGCGCUGGACUAUUUACUUAUGAUGGAAAUGAUUAUAAAAUUAUAUCUUCAAUUAAAAUGAAUAACUCUACUUUGACAUCAAUUCAUCCUAAUAACGCCGUUUGAUUGAAAAAUUCACAAAUAUUUAUCAUUAAACAAAUCAUGAAGAAAUGUCAUAGAUAUGAAAAUGAUAUUAUUACAACCGAAGAAAUUUUUGUCCUAGGAUAUGAAAUGACUAAUCAACAUGAGGCCUUUACUUAUCCACUUUCAUCGAUGCAAGUAGGCAUUUUUCGUGAAAAUGGAUUUAUUGCAUCGCAUAAAUUAAUAUCAAUAAA